UUUAAUUAGCUCUUCACCCCAAUCCGUCACAGAUUCGUUAGGGAGAAAGCGAGAGCGAUGGAAGAGAUCAGGUCUUCGCCACCGCCGGCGGCAGCCUCGGAUAAGAGAAAACCACAAUCGUCAGCAGCAAUGUCAAUAGUGAAGAAGGACUGCUUGUGGUUCGCAACUUCGAUGCAAGAGGGUUUUAGAUAUGUCAAAGCCUCCUUCACAGGCCUGGCGAAGAAGAUGACGGCAAGGAACGAGAGAGAAGCGAGCGAAGCAGACCUAAAGGCUGCCAAGAUGCAGGUCGAAGCUACUGAUGCUGCCGAGGAAACAAAGAAGAGGCUUGAAAAAACUAUGUAAUUAAUGUAUUGUGCAUAACUCUAUUUUGUAUCCAAAUGCUAAGUUAAAUGUACUUUUUGAAGGCUUAA